AUGUCCAAUCCAGAUGAUCUAGACGAUGGUCUAUUAUAUGAUUUUGAAAAUGAGGAGCUAGUAGCUCAAAGCCACAGCGGCAGCGAUAAUGAGGAAGAGCCACAGCAAGAGAAUGAAAAUAAGAGACCUUUGGAUGAGGAAGAGGAAAAAGAAGAGGAAGCAAGACCACUAUCGAAGAGACAGAAGAAGUUGCAAAAGAGAUCAAAAUUGCAUGUAAAGAAGAAGGAUCAAGUUCAGUACGAAGUGAACAAGAGAAAAGCUAUACCAAAAUCCACGCCUGAAGAGAUUCAAGAAUAUUUCACAUCAUUAAUAAGAGAGAAAAACCCUGACUUAAGUGCCUUGGAACUUGAAGAUUUAUACUUCAAAAAAACAGAUUUCUUAUCUACCGCUAAGUUCGAAGAAGAACGUGACUUAGAUAAUUUGGCCAACUUUAUGCAACAAAAUUCAAAGGCUCCAAAAGCUAUUGUAUUUUCGAUGUCAAAUAUGCGAGUAGCUGAUGUCUUCAGAAAACUGAAUACAAAUAAAGAUUGUGUCAAGCUAUUUGCUAAGAACAAAUUGAAAGAUGACGUCAAGAUCGUAGAAGACGUAUUCAGUGGGAAAUCCAAAAAGCUUACCAAAAUGAAAUAUUUCUUGGCUACUCCAACAAGAAUGGAGAAGAUACUCGAGACUACAGAAGUAUUUUUUCAAGGUAAAGACAAAUUAGACGUUAUUCUCGAUGCAAGUUAUCUUGAUCCUAAAGAUAACUCUCUGAUUGCAUCAGAAAAUACAGUAUUACUUUGUACUGUUCUUAAAACAAUACUUAAGAAGAAAAGUUCCGUUAAGAUUCUCUUAUAUUGA